AUGAGUGGGUUGUUUAUGUGGCUAAAGCCACCUGUUACACUAUGGCAGUGUUUCUUAAAUCCAGUCCUCAUGGACCCCCAACAGGUCAUGUUUUCAGGAUUUCCAUUAUUUUGCACAGGAAUGGACUGGCCAGCAAUGGUGGGACUCACCUGCCUUUUGAUCUGCAGUACCAGGGCUGGCCAGCGGGUGCUCCCAGCAAUCAGAGACUCAACCUUUCAGCCAGCUAACACCUGGAACUGAUGAUGCUGGGGUAUUUAAGGGAUGGCCAGACCCACAGACUCGGCCUUGGUGUUGUGUUUGUCCUUUGUCCUGCAUCUGUCCUGCAUCCUGUUUCUGUCCCUCUGCCUGACCCUCUGUACUACGCUGCUUGUUACCUGUUUUUGAUCUCUGGCUUGUGACCCUGACCAUCCCUCUGCCUGACCCUCUGUACUACGCUGCUUGCUACCUGCUGAACCUGGCCUGUGACCCC